UUUAUGUUACAUUAAUGGAUGAUAUUAGCCAAUCAUGUUCCAUUUCCCUCCCCGACUGAGAAUUUCGAGCAAGGUUGUACAAAGAAAUAGUAAACAAACUCCACUCCACAAUCACAUUGAGGUUCUCAUCUCACUUACAUUAGUAGGUAGUUAGUGGAUUGUGCAGUGGAGCUUUAUUCAGAAGCACCUAUCAUUUCCAGCCAUUUGGUCAACCUAAUUGUCCCCAUUGUUUGGUGUUAACUCUCACCCCUGACCCUGGGAGAGAACCCACUUUUCUCCUUCCCUCCUUCCAUUUUUCCAUCUGCAGCAGCAUCUGUGGGCUCUCCUUUUUUAAUUUUAUUACUAAAAAAUAUGGGACAUUGUACCUGAAACAUACAUGGCCCUUCCUCCCUAAAAUAUCACCAACCACUCAACAUAAACUCACUCUUGAAAAGAUUAGCAAAGCAACUCAUUGCAACACAAGACAAGACCAACUCCAACUCCAACACCAAUAUGCAAAACCUCAAUUCCCUUUGCUUAACCAUAAUUUCCCUCUUUCUCAUCUACACAAACAAUAAGAUCCUAGUAGUGCAAGGCGUGACCUCAGCCUCAGACAUCGCAGCACUGAAAGCCUUCAAGGCUUCAAUCAAAGGCUCCUCCAUCAGCCCGUGGUCAUGCCUGGCCUCGUGGAACUUCAGCAGCGACCCAUGCUCCCUCCCUCGGCGCACCCACUUCAUCUGCGCCCUCACCUGCACCCCAGACUCCACCAGAAUCAACCAAAUCACCCUCGACCCAGCAGGCUACUCCGGCACACUCACCCCAUCAAUCUCCCAACUCACACAACUCAUCACACUCGACCUCGCCGACAACAACUUGUUCGGCCCAAUCCCCUCUUCACUCUCCUCCCUCUCCAAUCUCCAAUCCUUAACCCUCCGAUCCAACUCCUUCUCAGGCCCAAUCCCUCCCUCCAUCACCACCCUCAAAUCUCUCCAAUCCCUCGACCUCUCUCGCAAUUCCCUAUCCGGCUACCUCCCUAACUCCAUGAACUCCCUCGCCACCCUCCGCAGGCUCGAUCUCAGCUUCAACAAACUCACCGGUUCCAUCCCCAAACUCCCACCCAACUUGCUGGAACUGGCGAUCAAGGCCAAUUCUCUAUCUGGGCCUCUCCAAAAACAAAGCUUUGAGGGGAUGGAGCAAUUAGAAGUGGUGGAGCUCAGCCAGAACGCGCUCUCCGGCAUGGUGGAGUCGUGGGUGUUCCUACUGCCGUCGCUGCAGCAAGUGGACUUGGCCAACAACACGUUCACGGGGGUGCAGAUCUCGAGGGUUGCGCGUGGGGGGAGCACCAGCAGCAACCUCGUGGCGCUCGACCUCGGGUUUAACAGAAUCCAAGGCUACGCGCCCGCGAAUCUCGCCGCGUUUCCCGCGCUCUCGUUCCUCUCGAUUCGCCACAACAAUCUACGUGGCGCCAUCCCGUUGGAGUACGGCCAGAUCAGGUCCAUCAAGAGGCUCUUCCUCGACGGGAACUUCCUCGUCGGGAAGCCGCCGCCGGGGUUGGUGGCCGCCGGCACGGCGGUUUCCGGGAGCUUGGGGGAUAAUUGUCUGCAGGUGUGUCCAGGGUCGUCCCAGCUGUGCUCGCCCGCACAGAAACCCAGCUCUGUUUGCAAACAGGCCUACCGUGGUAGACCAAUGCCGUAGUUUGUUUUGUCGGUUGAAAAAAAAAAAAAAAAAAGAGUUAAAUUAUAAAUAGAUAGAUUUAUAAUUUUGUAUUUUUAAAGGAAUAAAGAUGGAUGUAUACAGUGCGAAGAUGAAUGGUAGUCUUUAUAUUUGUUCCUGGGA